AUGAAACUAUUUAACUUCUUCAAUAUUUGGUUAUUAUCGUUAUUUAUUGGGCAAACAUCAGGUAUUUCCUAUAAUCAACCUAAGCUUUGUGCAAAUGCAUCAUGGAAUUCCACUGCAAUAACGUUUGCGACUAGCGCGACAGUUGGUGCAUCUCCUGUUGGUAUUUUUGUCAAUUCAAUUAAUACCGUCUAUGUCGCUGAUCAGGUGGAUAGUCGGAUCCAAGUAUGGCUGAACGGCAAUACGACACCCACAAGAACUAUAUCCAGUGGUUUAGUCAAACCUUUUAGCCUUUUCGCCACAGACAAUGGUGAUAUUUAUGUCGACAAUGCCUAUUCAAAUAUGCGAGUAGACAAAUGGGGAUCAAAUUCAAACAGUAGUGUUCCAGCGAUGUAUGUUUGCUCACAAUGCACUGGUAUUUUCGUCGAUAUCAAUAAUAUGCUCUACUGUACAAUGUAUCCUUCUCAUAAAAUUGUCUCGCAAUCAUUGGAUACAAGGUUAAAUAUAUGGGCCAUUGUCGCGGGUACAGGCACUGCUGGAGCAACAUCGCUUACACUUAAUAAUCCUCGCUCGAGCUUUGUCGAUAAUAAUCUAAACUUAUAUGUGGCUGAUGGUGGCAAUAAUCAGAUUCAAAAAUUUGUAUCAGGACAAUUAAAUGGAACAACAAUAUCAACAGGAACUAUCACAUUGAACUUACCAACUGCAGUUGUUCUUGAUGCUGAUGGAUAUCUCUUUAUUGUUGAUUCUAAUAAUCAUCGUCUUAUUGGCUCGGGACCUUACGGAUUUCGAUGUAUAGCUGCAUGUUCUGGACAAGGAUCGCUAUCGAAUCAGUUAAAUUUCCCAAUACAGCUUAGUUUUGAUAGUUAUGGAAAUAUAUUCGUAACUGAUUUCAACAAUUAUAGAAUUCAAAAAUUUCUUCUGAUUACAAAUUCAUGUAAUGGAACGACAGCCGUUACAACUAUGUCUACUGUAGCAUCAACCAAUAUUACUCAAUCAGCUUCUCUUGUUACGAACUCGACAACUGCAUCGUCUUCGACACUUCUUUCUUACAAUUUACCUGAGUUCACUGCCUAUACUACUUGGAGUGCCAACGGAAUAACAUUUGCAAAUACAACUACACUUGGAACAUCUCCGUAUGGUAUAUUUAUUGAUACUAACAAUACUAUAUAUGUAUCUGAGCGAAGUACAAAUCGUGUUCAGGUAUGGCAUGACAGUAGCAGCGUACCUAUAAGGAAUCUCACCAGUGGUUUAUCUAGUCCAUAUUCUAUAUUCGUUGCUAUUAAUGGUGAUAUCUAUGUCGAUAAUGGUGGUUCAAAUACUCGAGUUGAUAAAUGGACAUUAAAUUCAACUACUAGUAUUUCAGCAAUGUAUGUGAAGAACUCGUGUUGGGGUCUUUUUAUCGAUAUUAAUAAUAAUCUUUAUUGUUCAAUGAGUGCACUUAAUCAAGUUGUCACGAAAUCAUUGAAUAAUAACUCAGCUAUGUGGAUAGUUGCUGCUGGCGCAGACUGUUCAGCACCAAGUACGAAUACACUUAAUGGUCCUCGUGGAAUUCACGUUGACACAGAUCUGAAUUUAUAUGUUGCUGAUUGUGGAAAUAAUCGAAUUCAAUUAUUUUUAUCAACACAAGUAGUUGGAAAAACGAUUGCAACAGGAACUAUUAUUCUAAAUUGUCCUUCUGGAAUUGUUCUUGAUGCUAAUGAUUAUCUCUACAUUGUGGACUAUAAUAAUCAUCGUAUCGUUGGGUCAGGACCGAAUGGAUUUCGCUGUUUAGUUGGAUGUUCAAGUGUUGCAGGUUCAGCAUCUAAUCAAUUAUACUAUCCGACAGCUCUAAGUUUUGAUAGUUAUGGAAAUAUGUAUGUUGUUGAUCAAAACAAUUAUCGAAUACAAAAGUUUCUUAUAACAAGUACUUAUUAUGAUGUGACUCUUAAUCGACCUAACUUAUGUCCAUCUACAACAUGGUAUACAAAUGCAAUUACAUUUGCUAAUAGUAGUACGGCUGGAGCAAAUGUAUAUGGUGUUUUUGUUGGUCUUGAUAAUACUGUUUAUGUAGCUAAUACACAAACUAACAAAGUUGUAGUAUGGCUCGAAGGAAGUAUUAAUCCUGAUAAAAUUCUUUCUGGUAGUCUGAGUGCACCAUAUGAUCUUUUCGCUACUUCUCUAAAUAAUAUCUAUGUUGAUAAUGGUUUAAAUAAUCAUCGAAUUGAUAAAUUUUCAUUCAACUCAAAUAUAAGUACUCCUGUAAUGUCAGUUCCUAAUGGAUGUACUGGCAUUUUUGUGGAUAUUAGUAAUACUCUUUAUUGUGCAGCGUAUACUUCUCAUCAAGUUGUUAAGAAAUGGUUGAAUGAGAGUGUACUCACAUCAACUAUAGUUGCUGGUACGGGUACAGCUGGAUCAACAGCGACGACACUUAAUACGCCUAUUGGCGUUUUUGUCGAUGCUAAAUUUAAUUUAUAUGUUGCAGAUUGUAGUAACAAUAGAAUACAAAUGUUUCCUCUUGGUCAAUUCACUGGAAUAACUGUAGCAGGAGCAAGUGCACCAGGAACUAUUACACUUAAUCUGCCAAAUGGUAUUGUAUUAGAUGAUAAUGGAUAUCUUUUUAUUGCAGAUGCUAAUAAUAAUCGAAUAAUUGGACAAGGACCAUAUGGUUUUCGAUGUCUAUUUGGAUGUACUACUACUGCUGGUUCUGCAUCAAACCAAUUGAAUUUUCAACCAACUCUAAGAUUUGAUAGUUAUGGAAAUAUAUUUGUUGCUGAUAGAAAUAAUUAUCGCAUACAAAAGUUUAUCUUAGCAUCAAAUUCAUGUAGUCUUUCUUAUAAUCAACCAACAUUUUGCUCAAGUGCAUCAUGGUCUGCGAAUGCCGUAACUUUAGUCUCAAGUUCUAUUGUUGGUUUAUUACCUUAUGGUAUUUUUAUUAAUGGAAUUAAUACUGUGUAUGUACCUAAUCGAAUUAGUAACACUAUUCUAUCAUGGCCUCAAUGGAGUACUACAUAUACAAGUAAUACUUAUAGUAAUUUGAAUAAUUCAUAUAGUCUUUUCAUGUCUAUGACUGGUGAUAUUUAUCUUGAUAAUGGUUAUUCAUAUGGUCGAGUCGAUAAAUAUACAUUUAAUUCAUCAAAUCGUGUUACUGUUAUGAAUGUGAAUGGAAGUUGUUAUGGUAUAUUUAUUGAUAUUAGUAAUAAUCUUUAUUGUUCACUUAAAAACCUUCAUCAAGUUGUUAAACUUUUACUUAAUAAUGGUACAACCAUUCCGACAAUUGCAGCUGGUAAUGGUUCUGCUGGAUCACUAUCAAAUAUGCUUAAUUCUCCUCAAGGCAUCUAUGUUGAUAGUAAUUUAAACCUAUAUAUUGCAGACAGUGCUAACAAUCGUAUUCAAUUUGUUCAAACUGGUCAGUUAGAUGGAGUGACACUCGUUGGUAAUGGUUCAUCAGCAAAUAUUACACUCAACUAUCCAACUGGAAUUGUCCUUGAUGCUAAUGGUUAUCUUUUUAUUGUCGAUAGUUAUAAUCAUCGUAUUGUUGCUUCAAGUUCUACUGGUUUUCGAUGUAUAGUCGGGUGUUCGGGAGGUGGUUCAACUGCGUUUCAAUUAUCUUUUCCACAAAGUAUGGCUUUUGAUAGCUAUGGAAAUAUAUAUGUUACUGAUCGAAAUAAUAGUCGAGUACAACAAUUCGCUCUUCAAAAUAACAGCUGCCGUAAGUUAUUUGAAUAUAAUAGUACAUCAUAA